GGUGAAUUGAGCUGUGGAAUUCCGUCGCACGUGGUGGUCUUUUGCAUUUAACUGAACUAUUCAAUUAGGAAGUUUGUCAGUCAGUAACUAUUUAAUUUAGGUACAAUGAAAUCAUUUUCCAACCAGAGACAUCUCACCAUGAUCGGAUUAUUUUUAGCUUUGUCUGUUUUGGCUCUGAGCUGUAGCGGAGGUAAAGUGCUGGUGUAUCCUGUGGAGGGCAGUCACUGGGUCAAUAUGAAAGUUCUGAUAGAGGAGCUGCACACCAGGGGUCACAGCAUCACCGUCAUCCGGCCGAAUUCCAGCUGGUACAUCAGGGACAACUCCCCUUUCUACUCAUCCAUAACUAUUCCUGAUGAAAAGAAUGAAUUUGGAGACUUUUGGGAAGAUUAUUUACGGAAAACAAUAGAGAUAGAAAGAGGCCGUAGUUCUGGACUGUCCUUCUUGAAGCUUCAAGCUGACUUGUUCUCCAUGCUGUCGAAAGCUCAUCACAUUGCUUGUAAUAUGCUGUCAUUCAUCCUUGAAGACGAGAAGCUUGUGAAAAAACUCAAGGAGGAGCGGUAUGACCUGGUCCUCACAGAUCCUGCCAUAGCAGGUGGUGUAGUUUUGGCACACUACCUGAAACUUCCUCUGGUUCUCAAUGUGAGGUGGACCACUAGUGGAGAAGGACAUUUACUUAUAGCACCAUCCCCUCUGUCUUACGUUCCUUUACCAGGCACUGGCAAUACAGAUAGAAUGAGUUUUAGUCAAAGAGUAAAAAACAUCUUAUUAUACGGCUUUACGUUUAUCAUGAAUAGAUAUUUGGUUGAUCCACAUUACGAUGUACUGAUAGAAAAGUACUUGGACAAAAAGAAUAACAUAGUGAGUCUCACGCAAGCUGCAGAUCUCUGGCUCAUGAGGGUGGAUUUUGUCUUUGAGUUUCCGAGGCCCACUAUGCCAAACGUGGUGUACAUGGGCGGAUUCCAAUGCAAACUCAAGCCCCUUCCUGAAGAUCUGGAAGCUUUUGUGCAGAGCUCAGGGGACCACGGUUUUAUUAUUAUGUCUUUGGGGACACUUGUUAAGAGCCUCCCAAUGGACAUGACAAAUGAAAUUGCUGCCACGUUCGCAAGUUUACCGCAGAAAGUAAUCUGGAGGCAUCUGGGACCUCGUCCAUCCACGGUUGGCAACAAUACGCUUAUAGUGGAAUGGAUGCCACAGAAUGACCUUCUGGGACAUUCAAAGAUCAAAGCCUUUGUAGCACAUGGAGGAACCAAUGGUAUACAGGAGGCAAUAUACCACAGUGUACCGAUUCUGGGCAUGCCUUUGUUCUUUGACCAGUUUGACAAUUUAAUUCGUGUUCAAGAAAAAGGAGCGGGCAUUAUUCUUAGGUUGUCAGAGAUAAAUGGUCAUACUUUUGGACAAGCCUUACGGGAACUGGUUAGCAAUGCCUCCUACAGGACAGACAUGCAGAGGAUCUCCAGGUUGCACAGGGACCAGCCCAUGAGACCGCUGGACACAGCAAUAUUUUGGAUCGAGCAUGUGGUGAGACAUAAAGGAGCCAAACACUUGCGCUCUGAGUUCUACAAUAUGUCGUGGUACUCUUAUCAUUCUGUGGAUGCAUUUUUGGUUCUGUUGGGUGUUUUUGUUGUGUUUGUAUUUACCACAGUUGCAUUUAUCAGAUAUGUGUGUUGUAGAAUAUGCUGUAAGAGGAAGCUGAAAAAGGAAUAACAAUUUUAUAUGGAAAAUAAAGAUUUGUAUGUAAUAAAAAUUAUUACAACUAA